AACAGAUUUGGUACGUGUUUUCUUUUUUUCUCUUUUUCCCCUGUUUUUCUUUUUUGUGCCCCCUUAAUUCAGAUUUGGCUGCUAUGCCUCAUGUCAGGUUUUGUUUUUACUUUGCAAGACCUUUUUUUUUCACGCACCAAAAUCAACAGCUUUGAUUGGAUACCUUUUUUUUAUUGACAGCUUUGCUUCCCAUCUUUGUGGCAAUCCCAUUGGUUCCUCUUCGUUGUUGAUGUGAUGGACGAGAAAUUCAUAUUCUUGGACUCUCUGUUAAGUGCAAACAGCGAUUAGCAUCGCGGAAUCAAGGAAAUGAUGAUCAAAAACUUUGUCGAUGUUUGGAACGAGAGUGGUGCAAAAGAACAACCUUUCAGCAAUUUUCAUAUUGUCUACCCAAAAGUACCAACUCAAGGAAACAGUGAUGAUUGCGGCAUAUAUGUUAUGAAAUUUAUGGAACUUUGGUCGCAAGGGAGCCAGCAGCCAUGUGUCUUGUUAAGAUCAGAUGUACAGAACUUCAGAGUGAAGCUAGCUAAUCGGUUGAUGUUCUCGCAAGACAACAUUGAAGACCAAGCCAAGAAGUUGGUUAUGACUUUUAGCGAAGCUCAGCAGAGACCAAUCGAAGUGUGAGGCCUUCUUUUCUUAGCGCGCGAUGUGCGGGGUGGUGCAAAGCAAAAACAAGCGAAUUGCCAAGCGAGAGUUGUAGAGAGUGCUAGUUCGAGACUUUUUUUUAUCAUUCCUUGACAGUCAAAAUUUGCUCUGUAAUCUUCUUCUUUUUUUCUGUACACAACUGCUAUACGUUUGGUUCAGCACUUUGCUUAACUUUUCUAGCCAGACUGAUUCAGAGGGGCAGCGUGAUAAUUCUGAUGCUUCAUAUUAAUUGUCACA